ACGCCUUACAAGUUACAAGUGGUGUCGGGCGCUCGAAGACAUCAUCAUCUCUCUUGUCCCGCCUCCACUCCAACAAACCCAGCUAAGGAAAGACAGCGACAACCCUACGGAUCAUUCAUUCCAUCCAACACCCAUAAAUUUUCCUCACACACACAAUUUUGAUCAACUUUCACUUCAUUUGUUCUCUUCUCUGGACACUCUUCCAAUCACACCCAUUAUAUUACAUACCCAAAAACAAAAACAAAAAAACGAGACUUCCCACACAUCCAAAAUCCAGAGAGCAAAAAAAAUCAAUGGAUCCAAAGCUCGACCUCCUCCUCCGCUCUUUCACAUUCUACAUCUCGUCCAUCCUAUCCAUCAUCCGCUUCUUCCUCACAAGCUUCCGCCGUUUCAAGCAAAUCCCAUCCGCAUUCGCCCUCUCCGACGCCUGCAUUUCGCUCUACUUCCGCCUCUGCGGCCUCUCCCCUGUCUCAAUCGACGUAGACGACGCGACCACCCUUCAUUUCUGGGCUACCGCCGGUCGCAAUGGCCGGCCUAGCCUGGUCAUGAUCCACGGCAAGUGCGGGGACUCCCGCUGGCAGUUCAUGUAUCAGGUCGGUCACCUGUCGCGGCGAUUCGACCUCUACAUCCCGGAUCUGCUCUUCUUCGGCAAGUCCUACACAGCCAGAAAGGAAAGGUCGGAAGUCUUCCAAGCAGAGUGCCUGGCGGAAGGGCUGAGGAGGCUCGGAGUCGACAGGUUCUCGAUCUACGGGAUCAGCUACGGAGGGUAUGUUGGGUAUCACUUAGCUGACAUGAUUCCUGACAGAGUGGACAAGGUUGUGCUCAUGAGCACUGGAGUCGGGUGCAACGACGACCAGAAGGACGAAUUGGUGGCGAAGCUCGGCAGGGAUCCGAAACUGUUGCUCGUCCCUCGGACUACGGAUGAUCUGAGGCAGCUCAUGUUAAAGUCUGUUUACAGGAGCGCUUACAUGAAGCUGGUUCCUGAUUCUUUCCUUCAGGAUUAUGUCAAUGAGAUAGGUCACAAGAAGGAGAAGAUGGAGCUGGUGGAUCACUUGUUGGCCAAGAGCUCUGCUGCAGGAAGAACCCUUCCUGUCCUGACUCAGGAGACGCUUCUGAUAUGGGGCAACAAGGAUUAUGUGUUUCCAAUGAAUCUGGCUUACCAGCUGCAGAGGCAUUUGGGAUCAAAAGCGAGAGUGGCAAUAGUCAAAGAAGCAGGGCAUGCAGUGAAUAUGGACGCUCCUGAUGAAGUUAACAGGCUCAUCAUAUCAUUCAUUUUGGGCUAACUGAUGAUAGAACAAAAUUAGUCACAGUAUUCACCAUUUAUAUCAUCUUGUUCAGCUCAAUUCGUGGAAUUUUUGGAUAGAAGGAUUCAUUCCUGUAACAAUAGAUUCAUGUUGUGAUUUAAAUUUCAAUUGUAAAAUAGUACUUUAGAAUCCAAAAGUGGGAAGAGCACGCGGUUGAUCAAGAGAAAACAUAUAGCACCAAACAAGUUCAAAUAGGCAAAACUCAAAUGACAAACACUUGAUUCAGACGUUCAACCUGAAAGAGAUUACCAGAGUGGCCUGAGGCUUGCUUGGAUAUGAUAAGCUUUAUGCUCAGGUUCCAUUCUCAGCUUGAAAUGGACCACAAAGCUUCCUGUUGCCAAGUAUGUUUUACCAGACAUAGAACCUUGUUAGUCUAAUUUUGGCUCAACAACGAGUUUUGCAAGCUUAAAUCAUUGAAACGUUGAGGAGUUUUUGCGCCAAGGUUCUAAUUAAUUAACUUUUGACAA